CUACCGCCGCUUCCCGGGCCGGGGGCACCGGAGACCAACUGCCUUCGCUGCCCCCGCCCCCACCAAGGAUGCCGCGCAGGAAGAGGAAUGCAGGCAGUAGUUCAGAUGGAACCGAAGACUCCGAUUUCUCUACAGAUCCCGAGCACACAGACAGCUCUGAAAGCGAUGGCACGUCGCGAAGAUCCGCCCGCGUGACCCGUUCCUCAGCCAGGCUCAGUCAGAGCUCUCAAGAUUCCAGUCCAGUUCGUAAUCCGCCAUCCUUUGGCACAGAGGAGCCUGCCUAUUCUACUAGGAGGGUGACCCGCAGUCAACAACAACCCACCCCUGUGACUCCAAAAAAAUACCCACUCCGACAGACCCGCUCAUCUGGAUCAGAAACAGAGCAAGUGGUCGACUUCUCUGAUAGAGAUACCAAAAAUGCAGUGGAUCAUGACGAGUCUCCACCGCGCACCCCAACUGGGAAUGCCCCCUCUUCAGAGUCUGACAUAGAUAUAUCCAGUCCAAAUGUGUCCCAUGAUGAGAGCAUUGCCAAGGACAUGUCCAUGAAGGAUUCUGGAAGUGACCUAUCUCACCGCCCCAAGCGCCGCCGUUUCCAUGAAAGCUACAACUUCAACAUGAAGUGUCCCACGCCUGGCUGCAACUCCCUAGGACACCUAACAGGGAAGCAUGAGAGACACUUUUCCAUAUCAGGAUGCCCACUAUAUCAUAAUCUCUCAGCAGAUGAGUGCAAGGUGAGAGCACAGAGCCGGGAUAAACAGAUCGAGGAGAGGAUGCUGUCCCACAGACAGGAUGACAACAACAGGCAUGCCACCAGACAUCAGGCACCGACAGAGAGACAGCUGCGGUACAAAGAGAAGGUAGCAGAGCUGAGGAAGAAAAGAAAUGCGGGACUAACCAAGGAGCAGAAAGAAAAGUACAUGGAACACAGACAAACCUAUGGCAACACCAGAGAACCCCUCUUGGAAAACCUGACUAGCGAGUAUGACCUAGAGCUUUUCCGAAGAGCACAAGCACGGGCCUCUGAAGACCUGGAGAAGUUGCGGCUUCAGGGCCAGAUCACAGAAGGCAGCAACAUGAUUAAAACAAUUGCCUUUGGCCGCUAUGAGCUGGACACCUGGUAUCAUUCUCCCUACCCAGAAGAGUAUGCUCGGUUGGGACGCCUCUACAUGUGCGAGUUCUGUCUCAAAUACAUGAAGAGUCAGACAAUCCUGCGCAGACACAUGGCAAAAUGUGUCUGGAAACAUCCACCAGGCGACGAAAUUUACCGCAAAGGCUCCAUUUCGGUGUUUGAAGUGGAUGGGAAAAAGAACAAGAUCUACUGCCAAAACCUGUGCCUGCUGGCGAAGCUUUUCUUGGAUCAUAAGACUCUGUAUUACGAUGUUGAACCCUUCCUCUUCUAUGUCAUGACAGAAGCUGACAACACUGGCUGCCACCUGAUAGGGUAUUUCUCCAAGGAGAAGAAUUCUUUCCUCAACUACAAUGUGUCUUGUAUUCUGACGAUGCCCCAGUACAUGAGGCAGGGUUAUGGCAAAAUGCUCAUUGACUUCAGUUAUUUACUUUCCAAAGUGGAAGAAAAGGUUGGCUCUCCAGAACGCCCGCUGUCUGACUUGGGCCUUAUCAGCUACCGUAGUUACUGGAAGGAAGUUCUUCUUCGUUAUCUGCAUAAUUUCCAAGGCAAAGAGAUCUCUAUCAAAGAAAUCAGCCAGGAGACUGCAGUGAACCCUGUUGACAUCGUUAGUACUCUGCAGGCACUUCAGAUGCUCAAGUACUGGAAGGGAAAACACCUGGUGUUAAAGAGACAGGAUCUGAUUGACGAAUGGAUAGCCAAAGAGGCAAAAAGAUCAAACACCAAUAAGACAAUGGAUCCCAGUUGUUUGAAAUGGACCCCUCCCAAGGGAACUUAACUGGCCAUCACUCCAGAAGCCAGUGAAGAACCCCAGCAGUAGGAAGUACCCUAGGGAUCUCUGUUGUAUCUGUUGCUAUUGUGAUUGGCUGGUACAGUACCCUCCAGGAAGAUCAGUUCCCCUUGGUACUGUUCUGGCCCAGAUCUUUUGUGCACACCACAGACGCUGGUUCUGAGGAACUUUAUGUUUCGGCCUCAAUGAGGUUGCAAGGAUUGGAUCUGUAUAGGACCCAAGCACUGGCCCAAGGAGUUCUGAUAUCUGGUACUGUACCUGUCCAGUCACUGGUCCUACCCUCACGUUCUUAUUCCAAUGAGGUUGUGUCGUGUCCUAUAAUCUGUUUGUGUUCCUUCCUGCAGGCACUCUGCUUUCUAAGUAAUGGACAGGACAGCUUCUGUGGCCUUUGAACAAGGUCUACAAAUCUGUUCUCCAAAUUAUUCCAUCAACGUUUUGUUUGGGGAAAGGGUUGUAAAUCUGCAUCCAAGCAGGUUCCCAACAUGCUGCCAGUUUACUGACUUCAGCAUUGUUAUAACUAAUCCUGUCUGAUGAACUUCCUUACCCCAUGUAUCAAUUAGUUUCAGUAAGACAGCAUGACACCUCUUUAAAGAGAGCUUCCCCACAUAAUAUACCAGGUCUUCGUGUAACAAAAACUGACUGCUAAUAUUGUACACUCUGAAGCUUGCACAACUUGCACCUGUCAGUGAGUGCUGUGAUCAUUGGUGUUACCCUGGAAGAGUCCAGAUUAAUAGUGUGAAAGCACUGUGAUGUGACAUACUGUUACAGAGUAGCCCUUUUGGGUGUGGCAGGCUCUCCUGAGGUUAGUACGGUAUCAUGGCAGUACAGGCCUCUUAGGUCAGAUAUCACUGGUUUCCUGUUGCUGGAGUUGGUGGUUUCCUUUACACGUAUAGAAACAAGUUUAGUGUAUUUCAACUUAGUCGUUCUCCUAAAACAGUCUUUGAAUUGUAGCUUUUUGAAAAGACUCUCUCUAUAUUAAAGGAAUAAAAUAUUAA